CUGGGUCCUGCUGCUUUCAGAAAGAAAAUUUCUCUUGGAGGGAAAAACGCCAAGAACGAUCCUUCAUACCGCUUGAAUACGACAAAAUCCACACUUGGCCUACCUACACUUUUACAUGAAUACUACAGCAGGAUCUGGAAGGCUCAUUUUUAUGCCAAGAUUCUAUCGGACGGCAGGCUUCAAGCAGGAUUUCCUUUGCAGCUGCGCCGCACCGCAUACACACUAGUGAUGAUUUUUUGUAGGUAUGAAGGUAUGUUGGGUGACUCGAUCGUGGGGCUGAAGGCGGCAGUAAAAGGCUGUCUUGGCAAAAGCUUCAUGCCGACUGGAUCGAGUAUAAAAUGUGAGUAUCGAACAGAGGCAUUCUCAAAUCCAUAUCAUAUACACCAGACAACAAGGCAGUACGACAACAAGUAAAGCUUCCUUCGCCAAGUUCUUUCCCCAAGCCCCUUCACUAUCAUCAACAAUGUCUCUCUACAGCUCCUCCAACAAGCACACUACCGUCAACAAGCCUGUCCUCACCUCAAAGAUCGGCAGCGCCGGCGAGGGCAACAACCCUUUCGAUACUCUUGAGUACCUGGCCGGGUCCCUUGGCAGCGCUGGAUCCAGCAACGGACCAUCAUACUACUCUAGGCAGUAGGCAAUUCUGUAUAGUUAUAGAGAUGUAUUUAUUCCAAAUCAAUGUUCUUAU